UUAGGUGGUAUCAUAUUUGUUUCUCCUUUGCUACGUCUCCUGGACAGGAGAAGGGGGAAGCCCAUGUUGUGAUUAAUGGGAAGGAGGUUUAUCACACUGUAGAUUUAUCCAUUAGACCAAACUAUGCCUGGCUGAAAGGAAACAAGCUCAAGGUGGGACAUUCGAUUUCCAAGCUAAGUGUGACUGGGGGCCAACUCUACGGUUUAAUAACAGAUGUUCAGGUUUUUACCCGAAGACUUGAAUUCUCCGAAAUGGUUGAAUAUACAGCCUGCACAAAAGAACUUGUCGGAGAUCUGUCCACUUGGUCAAAUAUUUCAAGAUGGGAAGUGUACGGAGCAGUUGAUGAGCUAAGUGUUGAUCUGGAUGAAAUAUGUUCCUCUGAAUACAUGGAUACUCAUAUCAUGAUAUUUCCUGCCUGGCUUGUCUACUCAGAGGCCGAGGAGAUGUGUCACAGAUUUGGCGGUUGGGUUAAUUUUGAUGCUGAUCCAGAUCUACUCAAGGGACGUGAUAUGAUCAUGUUUGAGAAGGUGAAACAGUUCUCCUAUGGAAACCAACCAAAUGAUAGGUGUGGUAAACGGUUAUUGAUCGGUAUAAAUGAUUUAGAAGAAGAAGGUGUCUGGAGAAUUACAAGAACUAACCAACUACUAGAAAACUUUCUUUAUUCUUAA